AUGGCUAUGGAGGCACCCGGUGCAGGCGGCGAUGAGGACGAAGACGUGUUUUCCCCAGAGUCAAUUAGGCCUGAAGCAGGAAGAGAGGGAUUGGGAAGUGAACCAAGUGUCCAAAGGAAAGGAAAGAAGAAGUCAUCAAUUUCUCAGAGGAACGAGAAUAGCGAAACCCAGGACCCUCCAGAACGUCACCACCAAGUGUGUCCUGUCUGCGGGAAAUUCUUCAGAUUCAAAUCUCAGUUCAUCAUCCAUUGGAGAGUCCACUCAGGGGAGAAACCCUACAAAUGCACAGAAUGUGGGAAGAGCUUCAGCCAGCUCUCAUAUCUACAUUCGCACCAAAAACUCCAUUCGGGGGAGAAACCCUAUAAAUGUACGGACUGUGGGAAGACCUUCAUCAAAAGCUCUGCACUUAUGGUCCACGCAAGAGUCCAUACGGGGGAGAAGCCCUAUCAGUGCUUGGAGUGCGGGACGAGGUUCACCGCGAACUCUGCCCUUUUAGUGCAUCAGAGGAAACACACCGGAGAGAAGCCGUACCAGUGUGCCGUAUGCGAGAAGAGCUUCAACGACGGUGGUGCCUACAGCAAUCACUUGAAAAUCCAUACAGGAGAGAAACCCUUUCAGUGCUUGGUCUGUGGGAAGAGCUUCCUGAGGAACUAUGCUCUUGUGGUGCACCAGAAGAAGCACACUGGAGAGAAACCGUAUCAGUGCGCAGAAUGCGGAAUGAGCUUCCGGGUCCGUAGCACGUUGCAAGUACACCUGAGAACCCACACCGGGGAGAAGCCGUACAAAUGCGCGGAUUGCGGCAUGAGCUUCCGUCACCGGGGAGCGUGCACCAGCCACCAAAGGACUUUCACGGGGGAGAAGCCGUACAAAUGCACCGAGUGCGAGAAGUGCUUCAGUCGGUCUCAGAACCUACGUUCGCAUCAAAGGACCCACACCAAGGAGAAGCCUCACAAGUGCAUAGAGUGCGGGAAGGGCUUCAGCGACAGUGGUUCGUGUAUCAAGCAUCAGAGGACCCACACCGGGGAGAAGCCGUACAAAUGCACCGAGUGCGGGAAGACCUUUGUGGAUAGUGGGUCGUGCAUCAAACAUGAAAGGACCCACACUGGGGAGAAACCCUACCAGUGCAUGGAGUGCGGGAGGAGGUUCAACCAACGGGAAAGUCUCUACGCACACCAGAGGACCCACUCGGGAGAGAAGCCGUUCAAAUGCUUGGAGUGCGGGAAGAGUUUCAGCCAGAGCGGGAACCUUACUUUACACCAGAGAACCCACACAGGGGAGAAGCCCUACCAGUGCGUGGAGUGCGGGAAGAGCUUCAGCAACGGCAGUGCGCUGAAGGUGCAUCAGAGGGCCCACACGGGGGAGAAGCCUUACAAGUGCCUGGAAUGUGGGAAGAGCUUCCGUGACAGGGGGUCCUAUACGCGGCAUCAGAAAACCCACAAGUCAGAAAAGGGCGAGGGGUUGCCGGGAUCACACAGUUCCCCUGCUCCAAUGGUUCCCUCAUCAGCCAAUUCUCAGCUGAACUAUAAAUCCCAGUACCUACAACUAACAAAUGUCAAGGACAAUUCUACCCCCAAAUCCACCACUAUUCCAAUUGGAUCCUUUGCGGAGGCGGUGGUGCUCUUCUCUAAGGUGGAGUGGGGCCUCCUGGGUCUGGAGCAGAGGCGCCUCUACAAGGAGGUCAUGAUGGAGAACUAUGACCACACUACCUCCCCAGGAUCCCCAAAGCCGGCCCUCCUUUCCCACCUGGAGGAUGGAAGGAACCCCUUCCACCUGGGAUCCAUGGGCAGAGUCAGCCCUACAGGAUUCCCAAAGCCGACCCUCUUUUCCCACCUGAAGGACGGAGGAGACACCUUCAACCUGGGAUCCAUGGAUGGGGACAGUCCUACAGGAUCCCCGAAGCCGACCCUCAUUUCCCGCCUGGUGGACGGAGAAAACCCCUUUGACCUGGGACUGAUGCACAGGGACAACCCUGCAGCAAAUGUCCAAAGGGACCAAUCCAAGAAAGAAAAGGACUGGUUUGAAUGCAAUUUUCCUGCUUCUUGGCAGAAUGGGGUUGGGCUGGACGGCUCGCUAGGUCUCUUCCCAUUCUAUGAUUCCGUGGAGCCAUCGACUUCUCAGAGGACGGAGAAUAGCGAAGCCCAGGACCCUCCGGAACGUCAGCAACAAGUGUGUCCUGUCUGCGGGAAAUUCUUCAGAUAUAAAUCCCAGUUCAUUAUCCAUUUGAGAAUCCACUCGGGGGAGAAGCCCUACACGUGCACGGAAUGCGGGAAGAGCUACACCCAGCUCUCUUACCUGAAUGCACACCAAAAACUCCAUUCCGGGGAGAAACCCUAUCAGUGUACGGAAUGUGGGAAGAGCUUCAUCCGAAGCUCGGCUCUGACAGCCCAUGCAAGAGUCCAUACGGGGGAGAGGCCGUAUCAGUGCUCGGAGUGCGGGAAGAGCUUCACCUCGCACUCCUCGCUGUCGGUGCAUCAGAGGAAACACACAGGAGAGAAGCCGUACCAGUGCGCCGAAUGCGGGAGGAGCUUCAGCGACGGGGGCGCCUACAACAAUCACCUGAAAAUCCAUACCGGAGAGAAACCCUUCCAGUGCUUGGUCUGUGGGAAGAGCUUCCUGAGGGAAUACGCUCUUGUGGUGCAUCAGAGGAAGCACACUGGAGAGAAGCCGUAUCAGUGCGCAGAAUGCGGAAAGAGCUUCCGAGCUAUCAACACCUUGCAAGUACAUCUGAGAACCCACACCGGGGAGAAGCCGUACCAAUGCGCGGAUUGCGGCAUGAGCUUCCGUCACCGGGGAGCAUGCACCAGCCACCAAAGGACUUUCACGGGGGAGAAGCCGUACAAAUGCACCGAGUGCGAGAAGUGCUUCAGUCGGUCUCAGAACCUACGUUCGCAUCAAAAGAUCCACAGCAAGGAGAAGCCUCACAAGUGCGCAGAGUGCGGGAAGGGCUUCAGCGACAGCAGUUCGUGCAUCAAGCAUCAGAGGACCCACAGUGGGGAGAAACCAUACAAAUGCACCGAGUGCGGGAAGUCCUUUGUGGAUUCCGGGUCGUGCGUCAAACACGAAAGGACCCACACUGGGGAGAAGCCCUACCAAUGCGCGGAGUGCGGGAGGAGGUUCAACCACCGGGAAAGCCUCUGCGUACACCAGAGGACCCACUCAGGGGAGAAGCCGUUCAAAUGCCUGCAGUGCGGGAAGAGCUUCAGCCAGAGCGGGAACCUGACUUCCCACCUGAGGACCCACACAGGAGAGAAGCCCUACCAGUGUUUGGAGUGCGGGAAGAGCUUCAGCAGUGGCAGCACAUUGAAGGUGCACCAGCGGGCCCACACGGGAGAGAAGCCUUACAAGUGCCUGGAGUGCGAGAUGAGCUUCCGUGACAGAGGAUCCUAUAUGCGGCAUCAGAAAACCCACACGUUGCCGAAUGGCGAGGGGUUGCCGGAAUUGCAUGAUUUCCCUGCUCCCAUGACUCCCUCGUUGGACGAUUCUCAGUGACCAUAUUAUAUGUUCAGAAAUGGAAGAGCGCAACAACGUUAAUAGAAAAGCGUUGUUAAAUCCGAAUGCUUUUGGCUGAGAUGGAUAAACUAUUUGAGAAAACCCAUAAAUGACCUGAAAACUGUUUUCUCCUCAGUAGGUCUUGAUGAGCUGAAGAAGCGUGGGAAUAAUGUAGUCUGUGUAGGAUUUUAUAUAUUAGGACAUUGGAAGAAAAGUCCAAAAAUUGUUGUUAAUGUUUUUUUCUGUCAUUUUGGCUGUGUUUUCAUCUUUAUUUGUGUGUUAGGAUUUUCUGUGUUAGGGAAAACUAGCCAAAAAAUAGAGCAGAGCAUCCAAAAAUAUGCAAACACAGCGUACGUAAAGUUGAACAUUGAGCCCACAGCAAGCACAGUGUGAAGUGCCACAUGGCUGUAAAGAAUUUAGAGCUUAGGAGGCAAAGAGUUCAGUCUGUGGCGUAAUGUAAAGUAAACCACGUGUAGUUCACGUUUGAUCGGCCCACACACUGUCUUGUCGUAGAAAGAAAAUACACACCACGCAGAUGAACAGUGAAUAGCAAGUAGUUUACUUUUCGUAGUUCAGAACAGCAUAUGUACAAGUUAUCAGUUGUAACCAACAGUAACCAAAAGUCCGAGGCUCAGCUAUCUCCCCACACGAAGUCCGACCAAUUGUCUUUCUUUGUCCAUGUAAACAAACUCCUUUGGCAGUUCAUGAAACAAGAGCACACUCCAAAAUGUGUCUCUCUCUAUUCCUGCUUAGCUCGAGCCUGAAAAGUGUAACAGUAAUCAAAAGUCCCAGGCUCAGCCAUCUCCCCACAUUAAGUCCAACCAAUGGUCUUUCUUUGUCCAUGUAAACAAACUCCUUUGGUAGUUCAUGAAACGAGAGCACACUCCAAAAUAUGUCUCUCUCUGCUUCUCUCUAAACACCUGCUUAGUUCAAAAAUGUGACAGUAACCAAAAGUCCCAGGCUCAGCCAUCUCCCCACAUUAAGUCCGACCAAUGGUCUUUCUUUGUCCAUGUAAACAAAUUCCUUUGGCACUUCAUGAAACGAGAGCACACUCCAAAAUGUGUCUCUCUCUAUUCCUGCUUAGCUCGAGCCUGACAAUGUAACAGUAAUCAAAAGUCCCAGGCUCAGCCAUCUCCCCACAUGAAGUCCGACCAAUUGUCUUUCUUUGUCCAUGUAAACAAACUCCUUUGGCAGUUCAUGAAACGUGAGCAGACUCCAAAAUCUGUCUCUGCUUCACUCUAAACACCUGCUUAGCUCGAGCCUGAAAAAUGUAACAGUAACCCACAGUCCCAGGCUCAGCAUGCUCCAACACAAUCUUGAAGAUUACAACAGAUUUAUUUACAGAAAUAAUAACUAUUUCUUAAUAGUAAAAGAACUGGGACCUAGCUAUUCUAUACCUUCAUCUCUUCUAGGGUUCAAAAGAGGGGAAAUCUCCAAGCUACACAUCUCUCCUGACACAUAAACAGAGAGAGAGCUCAAUGCACACAGCACAGGACUUCAUGCAGGGAGAUGGCUGAGCCUGGGACUUUUGGUUACUGUUACAUGUUUUUCAGAUGUAAACGUAGAAGUCAAAGACAAAAGUCCUGGAAGGUAAUACCUGCGAUAAGUGAGGGAACACUGUAGAUACAAUCCUCAGCCUAUUCUCAGCUCACUAGCCCCUCCUCAUUGAGGACUGCAGACUUGAGCAGUGUGGGGUGGAAUACCUACACUUCUUAUAUACAGCACAACCCUUGUAUCCACACUUAUCUGCCUCUACGAAUAUAUCUAUAUUGUCUCUAGGCAUUUGCAAGGCCUCCAAUGCGAUUCUAGGGCUGUAGAUGACCUCUCUCUCCUGCAUGCUAUAUGCCUAUGUAUACUUUUCCUUUUCUAUUUUAUUGCAUGUAAAAACAUCUUCAUUAAAACAACUUCUAUUAAAAAUUAAUAAUAAAAACAAA